UCAGAGCUGUAAUGUGGAUGUGAAGCGGAGGAGAAAAGCGUGCUGCUGGAAACACCUCUCUCUCUCUCUCUCUCUCUCUCUCUGUUUUCAGCAGGAUGUGGGCAGCUUUUAAGGAAAUGCUUUCUAACUGGACAGGAGUUAAGUUUGAGACGCGAUAUCUGCUCUAUCAGUAGUCACAUUGCCGUGCAGUUUGGAUAUAAAAGUCCACUCCUCAUCCACAUGCGGUUAAAGACAAUCCACAGAGACCUCGUUCUAAAUCACAGCAGGUGAGAGCAGAGGUGCAGUCGGGUAUCACGCCGAUUAAAAACAGUGGAGGAUAUCCAGACAGAUGGCCACGCCCUUUGUGCCAGUGCCCGUGCCCAUCAAUCGAGCUCUUUCAGGCUCCUCCGGUGCCAGACGGCCCAAACGGGCAUCGAGCGUGGGCAGUGCGUCCAGCAGUUCGGAGUCUUCUUCCACUAAAGGUGCAGCGGAAGACAGUAGCUCAGGGAGAAGCGGGAAUGGGAGCUGCUUCAUUGCUUCGUGUCAGAGUCCUGUAACGAGGGCCAGGAUGAAUGGAGUCGAGUCCACGGUGGAGUUUUCCAGCUGCACAAGACCGGAUACGCCACCACACGCACUCGGAUGGGAAGAGAGACCCAUAACUCCCACGGUGCUCGGCUACGAGGUCAUGGAGGAAAGAGCAAAGUUCACGGUGUAUAAGGUUCUGGUGAAGAAGACGCAGGAUGAGAGCUGGGUGGUGUUCCGGCGUUACACUGACUUUUCCAGACUCAAUGACAAGUUAAAGGAAAUGUUUCCUGGGUUCCGUCUCUCUCUGCCACCUAAACGCUGGUUUAAAGAUAACUACGACACCGACUUCCUGGAGGACAGACAGUUAGGCCUGCAGGCCUUUCUACAGAAUCUGGUGGCUCACAAAGACAUCGCUAACUGUGUUGCGGUGCGAGAGUUUCUUUGUCUGGACGAGCCUCCAGGACCAUUCGACAGUCUCGAGGAGAGUCGGGCAUUCUGUGAGACUCUGGAGGAGGGUAACUAUCGGCUGCAGAAGGAACUGCUGGAGAAGCAGAAAGAGAUCAGUUCCUUAAAGAAGAUGUUGGAGGAAAAAGAGCUGUACAUACACCUGCUCGAGAAGAGGAUCAACGGUGAGUCUCUGACUCCGGAGAGCCCGUAUGGUCUGUCUGCUCAGGGUAGUGAGAGCAGUGUGGAUGCAGAGAGCUCCACCGCUGAGGCAGACCAAGACAUGCCAGAGGAGAGUGGCAGCUGUGAGCAUCACGCAUCACGGAGCUCCUCAGCGUGUUGGUGUGGUCCGACCAUCAGCAGCUCACCUCCGGUUAUCCAGGUCACUCAGGUGGAGCAGUGAAUCAGAACCAAGACUGCACCUCCUCUCUCUCUCUCUCUCUCUCUCUCUCUCUCUCUCUCUCUCUCUUUCUCUCUCUCCUGUCUCUCUUCCCCAAGUUCUUGCACUCUCUCCUAGUGUUCACAACCUCUCCUAACUUCACAGUCGAUCAUCUCAGAGAGACAGAGAGAUGAGUUUCUUCUGUACACAGUUUAGAGAGAAAAAGAGAAAGAGAUGUAUUAGCAGAGGCCUGUUAUGUGGAGCUGAAAUCUGGACCACUCCCUGUAGAGACAGCAGAAUGUCUGAGCCUUUCAGAUCAUCUAAAUCUGCGCUGAGAGAUCUCCAGAGGGAAUAAGGCUUUUUGGAUUUUAACCACUGACAUCCAGCCAUAGACCGCUUCUCAAGCAAAGUGUACGGACGAAGACGAACGUCAUUUAAAUUAACUUAGAGUGCAGAGGUGCCAACAUAUACAGUAUAGCCAUAACAUUUCUGAUUUAUAACCCAUCAUCAAUACAGGAGAUGUUUUGGGGUUUUUUUUUUUCUAAUCACAUGAAGCAGCAGUCAAAAUAAAUAUGAAUAAAAUUCACUGAGCAGAAAAGCCAAUUCACUCAAGUGGAAAGGACACGGGACGUGAAAAAGACACCCAUCUGCUUCUGGUCGCUUUGCCUCUGGUAACUUUGUCUUAGUGCCAGUUUAUCUACAUGAACUUCGACCUGUGAAUUCAUGAGCCUCGGUCUUGUGAGCCAAUAGAAAAGAAGAAGGUGGGACCGUGAGCUUUAUGUGGUUGAAAAAUGGAGAAGUUGCUUAUUAUUAAGUAGCGCUCACAGCAGACUUUUGCUUGACAGCUGACACAGGCAAGGAUUUUGUGCGAUUUUGUUUUCUCUGCCUGCUAGGAUUUUCUUGUUAAUAAUGUUGGCACCUUUGUAUCAUGACAGUUCAGUGUGACAAUCCAGAGAGAGAAACUGCCUUUGCUCCAAAAAACACAGUGGAGUGAAGCCCCCAUGUGGCUAAUGCAGUUACUGCAGUCAUCUACUCAGGAAGGACAAUGUUAUGACAGACUGAAAGACUGAUGUUUCCCCUGUGCUGCUGCUGCUGCUGCUGCUGUUGGCAUUUCAUCAGGGCUAUGAACUGAUGUCUGAAUAUUCCAGUUGGCAGGUCAUUCCCAGCUGGCAGACACUCUGGAUUUAAGGCUUCCUUGUCAUUUGCCUUUCAUGUCAUGUCACUUUGCACUGCCGUUGCCUCAUUCACAAUAGAAAUGCAAUUAAUCUGUGUAUAGGAGUAAAAAAAUUAUGCACAUUGCUAAGCCUGCAGUGAUUUUUUUUUUUUUUUAAUUAUUAAUUUCAGACACAUUCAUUUCAAAUGUUGCUACUUUUGCUUUGGUCAUCAUUGUGACAGUCUGAACACUAAGUAAACUUUCUCUGUAAAAGUGUGGCAUAGGGUGCAUUCUACAGGAUCAGAUUCCUGUAAAGCAGCAAUCCCCAAACCAACAGCUCCAGAUAAUCGGCUCACUUGAUUAACCAGAUCAGAUUUCGGAAUAGGUCUGGAAGGUCAGUCUCUCCGGGAAAAGAGCUGAUGACCAAACUAUUUCACACACCGAAAGUAUUUUGUCAAGUGACCUGACUGUUUUUCUUCUGUUUUUAAGCCCCAAAUUUACUAAAUCUUUUCUGUUGUUGAUCAUUUUAAUGCAGUAGUCACUCAAGUCAUUGGUGGUCGUUGUGCUUCAGUGCCAUUGUGAUCACAAUAUUACGAACUUUUAGAUGAAUAUGAUGUCACCUUAAGAGUCAAGACAAGUCAUGGAAAAAAAAAAAAAAAAAGAACACUAACAGCCUAAAACAACACUAAACACUAGGAUGUCUGUGUCACUGAAGCUAACGUUGGUGUUAGAAGUGUGUUAAUGUGUAACUGUGUUUAAAUGGUCACUCUCACAGCUGUUUUUUAGAGCAGGUACCACAUUGCAUUUAAGGCUUUCGCUGCUUGUAAAUGGUCACAUCGGGUCACAUGUUGCACUUUAAUAUCUGCUGGGAUUGUGGGAUACGGUGCAUUUAGGCUAGCAGGCAAAGCUUUCUUAUGUUUGAAUGCUACGUAUAGGUUCAAAUGGAGCACAGUGCCUUUAUCUGCAUCUUAUAUAUUUAUAUGUAUACACGAUUAUUUUAUUUGUGUGUGUGUGUGUGUGCUUGCACGAAAUGUGCAGAUCCUUCCGAAAUCAACUUUCCUGCUAACAUAGUGCCUUGCAUUUCUUCCCAUUAUUAUAAUUUUUAAAUAACUGACAUGUUGCGUUGCUGUUCUUUGCUCUGUUUUCUCUUUAGGGUUGAUGCCAAAUGACAAAAUGGCUGUCGAGGUGACUUUAGACUUUAUAAUGAUCCAAAUAAUCCUCAACUUUGGUCAAAGCAUUAACGUGGCUACUGACAAAUAGGGUCACUCACCUGUUAUUGUGAUUCCUAGGAUCAUACUCUUUCCAUAUUUACCUAAACUGCACAUUUCAUGUUUCACAUUGUUAUAUAUGACAAUAAAUGAAUGUUUGUAUGAUGUCUGUGAUGAUCGGAUCCACGUUUAGGUUGAAUGUUUACUCCUAGGCAACGUCUCAUAAAAAUAAAUAAGUGAAUCUUAUGCAACUGUUCAGUAGAAUGCAAUUAAAAUGUUGAAAAGUUCUGUUGGUACAGCUUGACCUUUUUCUUGGUUGUCUUGUUAUUUAGCCACAGAUGAAUAAUCUUUUGAUUUCUGACUCUCAUUGAAAUGUAACACUUGGAAAAAAAGGUAUGUGGUUUUAAAUUAGCAUCUUUUUUGCAGAUCAUAGAGAAAUAUAUCUGGUUCACAUGAUAACAAAAUCUAUGAUCUGUUGAGGGAUAAUAAAAGUUUUCAGAAGUAUUUUCA